GACAUUAGGAUCAAAAAUGCUAUCCACACUUCAAACCCCUCGUUCCUCCCUCUCUCGCUUCACUCUCCCAUCCACCAUAACCACUCUCGCUUCAAACUCACAAUCCACACUCACCACCACUCAAUCCCCAACCACCUCCCCACCCCAAUCCCAAAUCCUCUCCAUCCGCCACUCUCUCCUCACCCGUAAUCUCUCCGCCGUCGACCUAGCACGUUCCUAUCUCACGCGCCUCCGUCUCACUGAACCACAUCUCCGUUCCUUCCUCCACAUCCCCGACGACCAAACAAUCAUCUCCCAAGCAAAUGACCUCGACCGCAGAAUUGCUGCCGGAAAAGAUGUUGGUCCUCUUGCCGGUGUUCUUGUUGCCGUCAAGGAUAAUAUUUGUACUGCUGAUAUGCCGUCUACCGGUGGUUCUCGUAUUCUCCAGAAUUACCGGCCACCGUUUGAUGCUACUGCUGUGAAGAAAUUGAAGGAGUUGGGUGGCAUUGUUGUUGGGAAAACUAAUAUGGAUGAGUUUGGUAUGGGUAGCACCACUGAAGCUUCUGCAUUUCAGGUGACUGCCAACCCGUGGGAUGUUUCUAGGGUGCCAGGAGGAUCGUCGGGAGGCUCAGCAGCUGCAGUUUCUGCCAGGCAGUGUGUUGUAUCGUUGGGAAGUGAUACUGGCGGAAGUGUGAGGCAGCCAGCAUCUUUUUGUGGUGUCGUUGGUUUGAAGCCAACAUAUGGGCGUGUCUCAAGGUUUGGACUUAUGGCGUAUGCAUCAUCACUUGAUGCGAUUGGCUGCUUUGGUUCGUCAGUUGCUGAUACUGGGAUUCUCCUCCAUGCAAUUGCUGGUCAUGAUAGAUUUGAUGCCACCUCAAGUAAGCAAGAGGUGCCCAACUUUCUAUCUCAUUUUGACUCUGCAAGUUCUCUGGAAAGUAAGCCCUUGAAAGGACUGAGAGUUGGUUUGAUCCGUGAAACUAUUGAAGAUGGUGUUGAUGCUGGAGUAGUUUCUGCAAUUCGUGCUGCUGCUUCACAUUUUGAGGAAUUGGGAUGCUCUGUGAACGAGGUGUCACUGCCAUCCUUUUCGCUUGGGUUGCCAGCGUACUAUGUCCUUGCUUUGUCUGAAUCAUCUUCCAACUUGUCUCGCUAUGACGGUAUCAGAUAUGGAAACCAAGUUCAUGCUGAUGAGCUAGACUCUCUCUAUGGAGAUUCCCGUGCCAAAGGGUUAGGUUCUGAGGUGAAAAUGAGAAUUUUGAUGGGGACAUAUGCCCUUUCAGCUGGUUACUAUGAUGCAUAUUACAAGCGUGCACAGCAGGUAAGAACCAUUAUAAGGAAUAGCUUUAAGGAGGCAUUGGAUCAAUAUGAUAUCUUGAUUUCCCCUGCAGCUCCUUCAGUUGCUUAUAAAAUUGGUGAAAAGAAAAAUGAUCCUUUGGCUAUGUAUGCUGGCGACAUCAUGACUGUAAAUGUCAACCUAGCUGGACUUCCUGCCUUGGUUUUACCAUGUGGGUUUGUUGACAGUGAACCUGCAGGCCUUCCUGUUGGCCUGCAAAUGAUUGGUGCAGCAUUUGAUGAGGGAGAGUUGUUGAGAGUAGGACAUAUCUUUGAGCAAACUCUUGAGAAUUGCAGAUUUGUUCCACCACUUGUAGCUGAUAGCGUUGAAUAGCGAGUGUAAACGGUCAUUCUACAUCUUGGUGAUCCAUAAAUAUUUUCAUCAUUUUCGUGACAAUGUUGUGGGCCUUUGGCCGAAGCAGGUAUGUUUAGGCUGUUCAGUAUUACAAGUGGGAUUCAUUUUAAUAACUAGAAGGAAAUUAUGGUUUUGACAUUACAGGCAAGACUUAAAAUAUUUAGUCACACAUGAUUGAAUCUGGAUUGAGCGAGCUUGAACUUUUCGCUCUUUGAAAUUGAGAAUGUUCACAAUAAGUCAGCAACCUUUUCUAGUUGUUUGUUUUUUUUUGGAUCGGCAACCAUUGGUUAGCAUUUGUACCAAUAGUUAAUUAAUUUGUUUUAUGUAGUGUGUAAAAUCAGCUAUAGAUUGAUCAAGUGUAAAUGAGCAAUUGGUAUUUCAAACAUAACAAACAAGUUGGCCUUGUAAGUUACUGUUGAGGAUUUCUUAAUUCAUUAUUAAGUUAUAAAACUUUUGGAUAAUAAUGCGCGACUUUCUUCAA